AUGUCUUUAUGCUAUAGACUUCCUGAACAAGAGGACACGGGAUUUCGACAGAACCUUCAAUACUUCACAACAUUAAAGAGCACAGAAUUCAUCUUUCCUGACGAACGAGAAAUGAGGCUUUCAAAUGAAGAAGCUACAGAAGGCCUCAUUAUUGUUGUGCUCAAAAUGAAUUUGACCUAUUCCUUGGGUCAAGUGACAUAG